AUGAAGAGAUUUGGAAUUUUGUCCUUAUUAUUGUGUGUUUUGGCUUUUGCCAACGCUACAGACAACGAUGUUUCAUCUGCUGAGGAAAAUUUGAAAGAUCUUGCGAAAGCUUUUCAUGAAAAAAUGAAUACUACAGUACUUCUGGAUAUGAUCACAUUGGGGGAAAACAUCCAUAAAGAAUGCCCCGAUAUUGAAAAUAAAUUUGAGAAUACAAUGGACAGAAUUGCCGAAUGUGUUGAAGCAAUCGAUAUUGGUUCUGAUACCUUCUGUUCCCUCAUCAGGAAAAAUUUCGUUAAAUGUAUGAAACCUGGAAAGGAACUCGUAAUUGGCUGUUUGCCCCAAGAAUCAAAGGAUGUUCCAGAAAUGGUAGAAAAAAUGAUGAUGGCUAUGAUUGAUACAGCUUGCAGCUCUACCGUUGAAGAAAUGUUGGAAAUAUUUAACCCAUGUAAGUUUAAUAAGGACUAUUCACUCGCAUACCCACCAUGCAAGGACUUUAUUACUAUAUUGGAAGAAAACAAAAACAAAGCUCCAACCAAAACUAUGAUUUGUCAGAACAUGCCUAAAAUGCGAAUGUGUGUAAGAGCAGUGUUGGACGAUUCUUGUCCUAACCAAAUAACCAAAACUGUACAUAAGAAAAUGUAUGAAGCUGUAGAAAAAGCUGUAAAAGAAGACUGCAAUGCUUAGACGAUAAAAUAAAUAUGUAAUUUGAGAAUAAACUGUAUAAAUAAACGUUUUUUGU